AUGCUUUCACUCCGUAGAUCCUUCAUUAAUCCCAAGCCUCGAAAGUCAACAGCUCCACUAUCCAUUCUCUGUCGAGGCAAACCCAUCGCCCGCGAAGAGCUAUUCGGCUAUACCAAUGGGCAUUUCCUCCUCGACGAAGAAACCCAGCUCCGUCGACGAUAUCUGAAGUUCGACAUAGACGCUCUUUGCGAUCUUGCUGCUCCUGCCGGUGGAAACCUUUCUCCGAUAAGAACUAUUGAAAAAAUCGAGGGAGGGUUCAGCAAAGCCCUUCUGCUGACGAAGGAGAAUGGCGAUAAGGUCAUUGCGAAACUCCCGUUUCAUAUUGCAGGACCAGCCGCCCUGACCACUGCCUCUGAGGUCGCCGUUUUGCAGUGUGUAAAGAAGUAUACGAGCAUCCCCGUCCCAGGAGUGCUCUCCUGGUCUUCAGACAGUUCGAACCCGGUUGGAGCCGAGUACAUCAUCAUGGAGACGGCGGCCGGGGUUCCGCUGUAUGAACGAUGGGAUGGGAUGGCGGAGAUCGAGAGGCUGGGACUGAUUAGGAAUCUGACGAAGCUUGAGGCGCAACUGUCGGCUAUUGCAUUUCCUGCUUACGGGGGGCUCUAUCGGAGGGUUGAUGCGGCCGGGAUACAACCAGCCCCGGCGCGUGUGGGCGUAGACUCUUCUGAGCAGUAUUGUGUCGGGCCCUCGUGUGAUCCUUCGUGGUAUGUGGCAGCCACUGAUUCAGCUGCCCUCCGGUUUGGAAGCGUUAGCCAUGGACCUUGGCGGACACUCUCAGACCUGGGAACAUCCAUCGCAGACCGCGAGAUAUUGCGGAUCACGCACCGAACCUCACCUCCCCGACUACCAUUCCAGCAAGGCAGCAUUGAAGAGCAAACCCAGCUCCUAGAAACCACAACACGCAUCAUAAAGCAGAUAGAAUCACACUCAUUAAUCCCCGGUCAAUACACCCAGCCCACCCUCUGGCACACCGACCUCCACAUGGGCAACAUCUUCGUCGCUCCCGACGAGACCUCGAGAAUCGUCUCCCUGAUCGACUUCCAGUCCUUGUCCUGUCACCCUCUAUUCCUCCAAGCCCGAUGCCCAGACUUUCUCAAGCCACCAGUAACCCACCGCAAGGGGUUAGGCAACCCCAAACUCCCGGACGGUUUCACCGACCUCGACGAAGAAAGCCAAGCGGUGGCUUUGCAGGAGUUCGCACAGGCCAAGCUUGCCAAAGCAUACGACGUUGCAAAUUUCCUCGAAGACCGCGUCGCGUACAACGCGGUGAUGAACGUCCCCCGCGUCUUUCGGGAAUUAUUUGUACGCUGUGGAGAAGUCUCGGUGGUUGGGAUCGUGCCGCUGCGCGAGUGUCUGAUUGAGAUUUGGCGGAAUUGGUCGGCGUUGGGCUUCCAGGGCAAAUGCCCUUAUGCAUUCAGCGAUGAAGAGAUCAGUCGACACGAACGUCAGUUUGCAGAGUAUCAGGUGUGGAAUGAGGUCCGGCAGCUCGCGAUGGAGUGUCUGGGCACCGAUGCGGAAGGGUGGAUCGCGCCGCAGCUGGAUGUCGCGGAGAAGCGGAGGCAGAAUCGGGAGUUGCUUGCGAUGUGGAUUGAGCGGGCAGCCGAGGAAAGAUCCUCGGAUGAGGCGAGAGGUAUGUGGCCUUUUGGUUAA